AAGGGGAGGAACGUGGAAGGGGGGAUUCGCUUUGGUGAGAUGGAGCGUGAUGCGUUGCUGGCUCAUGGCACCUCCUUCCUGCUGCACGACCGUCUGUUCAGCUGCUCUGAUGGCUGCGAAGCCUAUGUCUGCACGAGCUGCGGCAGCAUGUUGUCUCCUCUGCUCCAGCGCCCACCUCCUUCCUCCGUGGCAAGCAGCAGGAGGUACUCCUGCAUGCUCUGUGGCAGGAUGGACACCAUCCAGAUCAUCCCAGUGCCCCACGUCUUCCGCUACUUCCUGGCAGAGCUGGCAGCCAUGAACAUCAAGCUGAGGCUCACGCUGGAGCAGUAAUCCUGCAGUGAGAGGGAGGAAGCACGCCUUAGUCCUGCCUUUGCCCCCUAUGGGUUUCAAGGGUUAAGUUCUCAGGUUUGUCAAACAGUUACAAGGUUAAUUUCAUGUUUGUGUUGUGAUGGGGUGAAGCCGCAUGGCACAGAAAUGCGGUCCCAUUGGUGUUUGUUUGCACGUUGUAAAAGAUUGCUCUUGCAACGUGUGUGGAAAUCAAGCAGGAUCACUGUUCCUAUGGGCCACCGGCUUGAAAGCGGUGAGAGUUUUUUGUUCGGUGAGAGCUGGCAGCAGCUGCAAAGAUGAAUAGGUCACAAACAGCAUGAAGUGAAUGCUGGGAGUGAUGGUGCAUUGCACUUUUUUGUCAUUAUUUUAUUUUUUAUUUCAAUAUCUUGAUCCAAAGAAGAAAGCAGAUGGCUUUCCAGCCUGGCUCUUACCUUGGCUCCAGCGCUCCUCAGGUCGCAGGGGUGCACGGCCACAGGCAGGUUCUCAGCCCUGGGGCAGACUAUGUCCCCAAGUCCCAGUGGUGGCUGUGGCCUCUCCUUAAGUAUGAGCCUCGUCUGGAUGGCAGCAAGGAGAUUUUUAUACUUCUUGUUAAGAGUUCUUUAUAUGUUUCUUAAAAAAAAAAAAAAAAAAAAAAAAAAAGCAUUUAAAGCUAUGGCUGCAGCCAGCCUUACUGCGUCCUCCUGGGGGAUCCAAGGGCAUCCAGGGGGGGCAGACUGGGCCUCCUGCCUGCCGGAGCGGCUCAGGGCUGGCCUGGGCGGCUCUCCCAGGGCUUGGGUGGCCGCGGGAGGCGGGAGGCUGUGGGGCUGUCGUUUGUGGGUGAGGCAUUGGGGCACCGCACCCCGGCUGGGGCCUGGCCCCUCUGCACCAGCUGCAGCAGCUCAGCAAAUGAAGAAGGGGUGGCUGGGGCUGGGGGGGCCGUGUCCCCCGUCUGCUCUGUCACAGCGCUGCCCUGCUCCAUCAUGGCGCUGCCCGCGGCUGUACCACUGCAGCGGGGGGAGGAGGGGAGGAAGGGCGCUACCAUGUGUGUGGGAGGGGGAAGCCAGCAGCACUGGGACGGGAGAGUGUUGAGGUGAUGGCACCCAUGCUAUGGGCUGUCUCUGCCCUGUGCCCGCCUCCCCCUUGCUGCUUUGCCCCAGGUGCAGCUAGGAGCAGGUGGCAGUAACGGUUGGGGGCUGAGCGACCACUGUGUUGCUGUUGCUGUUGCUGCUGCUGCUGCUGCUGCUGCUGCUGCUGCUGCUGCUACCAUGGAGGUGCCCUGGUUGCUGCUGGCCUCUGCUCUGCUCCUGCCCCCCGGCGGGGCUGCCGACCCCCUGCCCACCCUGGCCCCGCCGCUGACCAUGAUGGUGUCGGGGCAGUGGCGGCGGCUGGUGGUGUGUGUGGUGAGCGAGCUGCCCGCCAGCUCCGGCCACGCCGUCUGGAUCUCCAGUGGGAAUGGCAGCGCUUUGCAGUCCUUUGCCUACGGGGCUUCGCAAGAGGAGGGUGGCACCGUCUGUGCCGUAUCCAUUCUCCCUGACAGUCCCAUGGAGCAGGAGCUCCUGGCAUGCCACGUGGGGCCCAACAGCAGCGCUCCGGCCCAUAGCUCCAGCCCCAUCGCAGUUGCAGGUACGGACACUGGCCCUGCCCGGGAGCAGGGCUGUAGCAGCAGGCGUGUGGCCCUGUGGGUGAAUGUUACCCAGGGGCAGGAAGGGGGUUGUGGCAGCCCUUUCCCUGCUGUUCCCCAUCCCGCAGGCAGCGAUGAGGAGGCAGAGCUGUGUCCCAGCACCCCCGCGGAGCCCCGUGCCUGUGCUGCCAUAGCCCUGCUGGCGGCCGCGCGGGUGGUGCUGCUGAAGGCCGCGCUCCUCGACGCGCUGCUCACCGCCCUGCUCCUGGCCCGGCGCUGAGGGACCAGGCCGGCACCGCCGGGGAGGGCAG